AGUACUUAUAGCCACCCUCCACUCUUCCAAAACGCUCCUUCACUUCUAUCAUCACUUUCCUCUUUUACAUUCCCCACAAACACUUUGAUAGACUCACCUGAACUCUAAUAUUCUAAUGGCACGACCACAACAACGGUUCCGAGGCGUGAGACAGAGACAUUGGGGCUCUUGGGUCUCUGAAAUUCGCCACCCUCUCUUGAAAACAAGAAUCUGGCUCGGGACUUUUGAGACUGCGGAGGAUGCGGCAAGAGCCUACGACGAGGCUGCAAGGCUAAUGUGUGGCAAUAGAGCUCGUACCAACUUCCCUUACAACCCAAACGCCAUUCCUUCUUCCUCUUCCAAGCUCCUCUCCGCUACUCUCACCGCUAAACUCCACAAGUGCUACAUGGCUUCUCUUCAGCUGACCAAACAGACGCAAACGCAGACGCAAGCACAAACACAAAUGCAGAACGCGAGAUAUGAUGGGGUCAUGAAUGUGACGUCUGACGGUAAUCAUUACAACAGAGGAGGAGUAACGGAGAUCAAGUGGGAAGACGGAGACGUGGAUAUGCAACAUAAUCUCAGGCCAUUGGAGGAAGAUCAUAUCGAGCAGAUGAUCGAGGAGCUGCUUCACUACGGUUCCAUUGAGCUUCGCUCUGUUUCACCUACUCAGUCGCUGUGAUAAACGGCUUUAUUAGGGUCAUUCUAUUAAUUUUUAUUUUAUCACAUUUUCCUUCAACGGCGUCGUUAUGAGAGUAGCAGUGACAGUUCAAGACAUUUUGAUCUGAAUUGGCCUCUUUUGAAACGCUCAUUCUUGUUUCUACAAGAGCAAUCGAUCAUAUGCUAUGUAAUAUAUAGUAUUUAUAUGAUAUGAAAACGUUAUCAAUUUCUUUGCA